UCAAUUCAAUGGUAGGUAUCGCAGCUAAUGGAUUGUUGCUUGUAUACUCACAGUUAGGGCAUCCUAGCAUCCCUCUUUUUAUAUGGAAUCCUCUCACUCGUCAAUGCAUCAAUCUCUUCAGCCCCAAACAAUCCAUUUCCUAUAUAUUUAAGUUGAGUUUUGGAUUCGGUGUGAGUCGAAUUAGUGGGGAAUAUAAGGUCGUCUGCAUCAAUCGCGAUGGAUCUGCUCAUCACGCAUACACCCUCGGAACGGGAACAUGGAGGUGCCUUGAAGCGGGCGCUGCUUCUGGUUUUGCAUUCAAUUUAGAUGGACGGGUCGUGUGUAACGGAAACCUCCAUUGGACCGUGUAUGACUCCACUCGCCCCUUGUUGAUAUGUGGUUUUGACGUUGAAACAGAAUGUUUUAGCAUCUUCUCUGCUCCUACUGCCGCUGUGGAUGAGCGCCUAACUGUGGAGUUGAGUGUUUUGAGCGACUGUCUGUGUGUUUCUUAUGCACCGGAGAAUGAAAUUGUCAUCUGGUCAAUGAAGGAAUACCGAGACGAGGAAUCUUGGACCAUGGAGUACAGACUUUAACUUCUACUCCAGAAUGAGGUGGCUCAUCCACUACUCCAACAAGACAGGUACUAUUCAACA